AUGACCAAGAUGGUCUUGAUGAGCAAUGCUCUAGUCCCCACUGUUACGACAACGUCCAGUGUACUGGGUCGUAUUACUCUCAACGUGCUCACUCUUGGCAGCAGCAGGAGCAAGCUGUGUCCGGUGCUUGGCCUCGGGACGGUGCGUACUCAGGAGGGCGCUGUCAAGAAACGAUCCAUGAGGAGGGAGUUUGUGGUGGAAGGAGCAACCACGAUAAUGGAGAUUCGUCGUCUGCGAGAUAUAGUGAGCGGACAUCAUCAUCGUCGACGGGAUGAGCGGCGGGAGAGGCGAGAUCGCGAUGACCACAAGAAAUUGCAUCGUAAUCAUAGUCAUCAGCGUCGUCGAUUGAGGGUCGGUAGUGACCACGAGCAUGGAGCCAGUGGUGACCGUCCUCGCGGCCACCAUGGACGACGGGAUCGCCAUGGUGGCCGUGAUGGUUCGGGUGGACAUCGGGAGAGGAGACGAUCUCGUUGUAGUCGAGGGGAACAACAUCGACACCAUAGGAGGAGGCAGGGCUCGGUGGAAGGCAGCCAGAGGAGCCCUAAGGGUGGUAAGGAUAUGGCUCGUGGAGUAGCAGAGCAUCGACAGUCCUCGAGAAGGAGGAGGCAUAGGAGGAGAUCUGAAAGCCGCUACCGCGAUGGUGCGUCAACUGAGUCCGGUGGUGACGCGGGGAGGGUCGGUGAGCUGAAUCGACGUCGGGAUGAUCUGGUGGAGCAGCUGGUCGAGUUGGUGAAGGAAAUCACUUACGUUGAGAAGAAAAGUGAGCAUCGGCUGCCCCCGACGGUUAUCCAUAGCACAAGUACUAGUGCUAGCUCUGUCAAACUGCGAGCUACCCCGACAAUACCGUUCCCUAGUGAGGAUGGUGGGCCGGCUCACACACCUUAUACUCCACCCCUGCCACAGUCGACUGCUACUGUAGCGGAGAAAUCAUGGCGAGAGCGGCAUUGGAGCCAAUACACGCCCGGUGCUCAGGCUGAGAUAGCUGCUAUUGAGGCUGGCUACUACGGCUCCAUCUAUGGCAGGCCGGCACCAAUCCUUGACUAUUCCCAACGCAGGGAGGAGUGGAAGGAGGAGGAGGACCUAUCGCCUAGGAGCCUGGCCGCCCGAGGGAACCUUUGGCCAUCUCGAAGGGACUAUUAUAAGGCUAGCGACUCGGUAGGGCAAGAAGUGGUAGAUGAUGUCGUCCAUUGUGAUCCGGAGGGUUCAGAGCAGAGGCGAGAUGUGUGGUAUAGAAGGAAGUGGAUGGAAGAUGCUUGUGAUGAUGAAUGCUAUUAUACUGAUCAUAUAGACCAAUGUGCGUUGGAGGAGAGGGUGAUGGCAUUCGAGUACGACGCCAUUGAUGUCGAUGCUGCGACCCUUGGCGACCAGCAGGAGGUCUCCAGCAGUGUUGACGUCGAGUAUUCGCUGAACGAUAAGAGGGCAGUUGUGCCAGCAGGGAAGGGUGAUGAGCAUAACAACAUGCUUGCGGCUACAGAGGUUGUUGGUGGUAUCGCGGAAACGAUCUGCGAUGAUGUACUUCUUGGCUCGGGUGAGGGCUCUAUGUGUGAGAGGGUGAUAGUAGAAGGAGGAGAGGGAGAUGGUUUGGUUCAGCCGUGCUGUUGCUCUACAGCAGUGGUGGAGGAUGGUGGAGUUGACGACAGAGUGAUAACUGAAUGCCGUAAGGACUCUGAUGAUUUUGUAACGGUGUCCAGCUUUGUUGAUGCGGAGGAACCCCAAUUAAAUAUCGAUGUUACGUGUAUGAGCACGUCAGAGCGCUUGAUGAGGCUCUUCGUGCUCGGUGAUGAUUAUGAUAAUCUACCACCACCUCCACCGCUGAUGCAGUCCCGGGGAAGUCGGUGAAAGGUGGACGACAAGAGGAGCAGUGUCAUAGAAGAAGUAACGAUAAAUGAGCCAUCCCCCAGUUCCACGACUGAUGCUGGUAUCAUGGAAUGUAGCAUAUCACACUUUAUCUAUAACGUACUCGUCGAGUGAAUUCCUGUCCAAUCAAGCCGGUUCAUUGCCCCGCCUGUAUUCCGAGACCAAGUGCUGCCGC